CUCCCCGCGGCUGCGCGGCCGGUGCGACCGGAACGGAGCGGAGCGGAGCGGGCGCGAUGGUACCCGAGCUGGAGAAAGCCACGGUCCGGAUCCGGCAGCCCGAGCGUGUGCGGGAAAUCAUCCAGUCCCUCCGGGAGCAGGGGGUGGCCAAGCUGCAGGUCAUUUCUGACUUUGACAUGACGCUGAGCAGGUUUGGGUGCAAUGGCAGGCGCUGCCCCACAUCGCACAAUAUCCUCGACACCAGCCGUGUCAUCAGYGAGGAUGGCAAGAAGAAGCUGAAGGACCUGCUCCACUAUUACUAUCCCAUUGAAAUAGAUCCCAACCGGACCCUGGAAGAGAAACGUCCCCUCAUGGUGGAGUGGUGGACCAAGGCCCACGAGCUGCUGGUGCAGCAGAAGAUCCGCAAAGGUGACAUCGCCCAGAUCGUCAGAGAGUCAGAGGCGAUGCUGAGGGAUGGCUACGAGGAGUUCUUUGAGCGGCUGCACAAGAACAAUGUCCCCCUGUUCAUCUUCUCUGCUGGCGUCGGUGACAUCCUGGAGGAGAUCAUCCGUCAGGCCAACGUCUUCUACUCCAACGUCAACGUGGUGUCCAACUACAUGGACUUCAACGAGGAUGGAGUCCUCACACRCUUCAAGGGGCCCCUCAUCCACACCUACAACAAGAACAACACCGUGCUGCAGGGCACAGGCUACUUCCAGCAGCUGAGCACCAGGACGAGCAUCAUCCUGCUGGGGGACUCCAUGGGUGACCUGACCAUGGCAGACGGCGUUCCCAGCGUGGAGAACAUCCUCAAGAUUGGCUUUCUCAAUGACAAGGUGGAAGAGCGCAGGGGGAAGUACCUGGAUUCCUAUGACAUCGUCCUGGAGAGCGACGAGACGCUGGAUGUGGUCAACGGCAUUCUGCGCUACAUCCUGGCCGAGACAUGAGCUGGGGACACGGYGUCCAGCUCGGGCCACGCAGAGGGCUGGGCAGGGAGUGUCCUUCCUGUGACACAGCUGGAGGAGACCUGCUGGGACCUGCUGGGCUCCAUCCCCACCUCACUGAUGCCCUGGAGCAGGAGAGGUGAGAUGGAGGAAGCUUCUCUGUUCCCUUCACCCCAGCUCUGCCUGGCUCUGCAGUGUCCCUCCUGGACUGACUCUGUCCUGCUCAGACUUCAUCCUGAGGCCACGACAAACCUUUCCACGUUUCAGAGAUGUUUCUGCACUUGUUUCAGCAGCUGAGUGUGGAAUGGAUAUAGUUUACUGAGGACAGACCUGAUUUUAGAUGAAAUUUUGGUGUCACUGUGGUCCUGGC